CUCGUUUUUGACCAACUUCGUUCGAUCGGUCCCGCGACGAAGAUCGCCGCAUUCCCUUCGUUCGAAGUCCCACCGAAGCUCGACGAUGAAAUGGAGAGUGACCUGGGUUUUCUGGGCGGUGAUGGCGCUCCACGUCGCCGCCGUUCUCAUAUUCACUCGCGGGUUCCUCCUCACCCGCACCGAGCUCCCCUUCCACAGCGGUUGCUCCGAUAUCUCCGGCUCUCCUUGCUCCCCCCCUCGCUCCGGAGCGGCGGGCUCGAACGGGACGGGCGGUGGCGGUCCGGAGCGUUGCUGGACGAAGCCCGCGGUCGAUAGGGUCGUCAUCAUUGUCCUCGAUGCCAUCAGGUUCGAUUUUGUGGCGCCCAGUGCGUUUUUUAAAGAAACAAAACCAUGGAUGGAUAGAUUACCAGUACUGCAAAAGCUGGCAUUUAAAGAAGGAUCAUCUGCUAAGAUUUUUAAAGCAAUUGCUGAUCCACCUACUACGAGUUUGCAGCGUUUGAAGGGCUUGACAACAGGUGGGUUGCCAACCUUUGUCGACGUAGGCAAUAGCUUUGGUGCGCCUGCAAUCACUGAAGAUAACUUGAUGAAUCAGCUAGUCCGAAAUGGGAAGAGAGUAUUGAUGAUGGGGGAUGAUACAUGGGUGCAGCUGUUUCCUCAUCAUUUCAAUAGAUCUUAUCCUUUCCCUUCUUUUAAUGUAAAAGAUCUUCAUACGGUGGAUAACGGAUGCAUUGACAACUUGCUUCCAUCAUUGUACCAAGAAGAUUGGGAUGUUCUAAUUGCACAUUUUCUUGGAGUGGAUCAUGCAGGGCACAUAUUUGGGGUCGAUUCCCUUCCCAUGAUAGAGAAGUUGGAACAGUAUAACACUGUUCUUGAGAACGUGAUUAGUGUGCUGGAAAGCCAAUCAGGACCUGGUGGUUUGCACGAAAAUACAUUUCUCCUUGUGCUGGGUGACCAUGGGCAAACCUUAAAUGGUGAUCAUGGGGGAGGGAGUGCUGAAGAGGUCGAAACUUCAAUUUUUGCAAUGAGUUUUAAGAAGCCUCUAUCUGCCAUACCAUCUGAACUGGACAUAUCUUGCGAAUACACCUCGGAUGAAAGAUUUUGCAUCAGCUCCAUCCAACAGCUUGACUUUGCAGUCACGGUUUCAGCACUGCUGGGCAUUCCUUUCCCUUUUGGAAGCAUUGGGCGGGUUAAUCCUGAACUCUAUGCUUUAGCUGGUGGGACAUGGAAUAUGGAGGAACUCAAGGUGGAUCCAGAAUAUGAUUUGAAGUCUGCAGAAUGGUUGCAAAACUAUGUCAAUGUAUUGUGCAUCAACGCUUGGCAGGUAAAGAGGUACAUAGAUAUCUAUUCAGCUUCAUCGUUGAUUGGGUUUUCCUCGGAUGACAUGUUACAUGUAGCAAACUUGUAUGCUGAAGCAGAAGCUACUUUUGCUCGAAAGAUGGAUGCCCUCUCAUACGAUAGCAAACAUAUAAAGUUAUCAACCCUGAAGAGCCAAAUUGAUGCCUACUUCAAAUUUUUAGCGAGUGUUGCUGAACUAGCUCGAUCAAAAUGGACCGAGUUUAAUUUAACUUUUAUGGUUAUUGGUUUGGGGAUGAUGCUGGUAUCGCUUCUCACCCAUGUUCUUGCUAUCAAAAUGGUGAAGGAGCUGCACAACGGUUCUUUUGAUCCAUCAGGAAAUUCUGGAAUUUCCUUUGGAUUAGUAUUUGCCUUUUUUAUUGUGGCGAUUCGUGCAUGCAGUUUACUAUCGAAUAGCUACAUUUUGGAAGAAGGGAAAGUGGCAAAUUUUCUUUUGGCAACGGCUGGAGUUGCUAAGUUCAGAUAUUCGAUCAUGAAAAGAAAUAUGAUUUUCAAAGCGGGUCUCUUUCUCAUCCUUAUUUGCCUUCUGAGAUUCGCCAUUGAAAUUGGGCUAUCCAAGCAGGCUGCCACUUCAGCUUUUCUGCAUUCUAGUACCUCAUGGAUAAUUGGGAUUGACUUGAAUCAUCCUGUUUUGGUUUACAUUCUUCAACUUUUGCCAAUGCUUACUCUAAUUGGAUUGGCCCAUCUUUUGUACAAGUCUACUGCUCAUGGCUCUUCUCAAAGGAUUUGCCGGAUUGUUGUUGCUGGAACUAUUGCCAGUUAUGUUCUUAUAGUUGUACACUGGGCCUCUGAAAGUAACAUGUUAGGCCUUGCUCAAAUCAGCAAAGGAAGGAAUUUUAUUCCCAGGAUAAUAUAUGCCAUUGGAAUUGGACAGCUGUUACUACUAGCAUUUAGCCAGCUGUUUAACAGAAGCAAAGUUGUUGAUCACAGAAGCUUAUUUAGUAAAACAGUGAGCAUGUUAUCUGCAUGGAGUCCAUCUGUAAUUAUCCUGUCGGGAAAGCAGGGGCCUCUGAUCGCUUUAGCAUCCAUAGUUGGAGGCUACUGCAUAGUGAUGUUGCAAAAUAUAGAAGAAGAUAGCAAUGGAACUGCCAAACCUUCAGUUGUCAAUCCUCUUUCUGUAACAGAAUGGAGCCUUUUAGCUCUCUCUAUGUUCUUCUGUACUGGUCAUUGGUGUGCUUUUGAUGGCCUCCGCUAUGGUGCUGCAUUUGUUGGGUUUGAUGAGUUUGUCCUCAUACGCCAAGCAAUUCUUCUUACCAUUGAGACAUUUGGGUUUUCACAUAUUAUUCCCAUUUUCGGACUUCCAUUCCUUGUCUUACAUCGCAAGUUGUUUGCUCAGAAAGACCUCUUUGUCCAAUUGUCUCUAGCUUAUAUGAUGUUUGGGCUCGUUAUGGCUGCUACAGUGACGGUAACCAUAUUCUGUGUUAUGAUACAAAGGAGACAUUUGAUGGUAUGGGGAUUAUUUGCACCGAAGUUUGUAUUUGAUGUGGCGGGUCUCAUUCUUACUGAUGUACUGAUUUGUUUGGCAUCACUUUACUACUUUUGUCAGCCAGAAGAUCAUAUAGUGGAAACUAACACCAGUGGAAGAUGAAAGUUCUCGAAACCGCAAUCGAUGUUGAUUCUUUGGAGAGUUGAUUCUGUGAGAGAUGCGUGUUCAAAAGUACAGAUUGUGCUAAUUUGUUAGCAUUUUGAGGAUUCACUAACUCAUUUUUUGGAGUUCCUCUGUACGGAAGAUGGAGAAAUUGACAUUGAUAAUGCCUUUUUGAUAGAGAUUACUUUGAACAGGUUUCACUCA